CUGCACUACGGGACCCUCCUGGGCAGCAGAGCUUGUGUCCACAUGGCAGCAGCUGCCUGGGCCACUGGGUUUCUCAAUGCUCUGCUGCACACGGCCAAUACAUUUUCACUGCCCCUGUGCAAGGGCAAUGCCCUGGGCCAGUUCUUCUGUGAAAUCCCCCAGAUCCUCAAGCUCUCCUGCUCACACUCCUACCUCAGGGAACUUGGGCUUCUUGUGAUCAGUGCCUGUUUAGGUUUUACGUGUUUUGUGUUCAUUGUGCUGUCCUAUGUGCAGAUCUUGAGGGCCGUGCUGAGGAUCCCCUCUGAGCAGGGACGGCACAAAGCCUUUUCCACCUGCCUCCCUCACCUGGCCGUGGUCUCCCUGUUCCUCAGCACUGCCAUGUUUGCCUACCUGAAGCCCCCCUCCAUGUCCUCCCCAAGCCUGGAUCUGCUGGUGUCAGUUCUGUACUCGGUGGUGCCUCCAGCAGUGAACCCCCUCAUCUACAGCAUGAGGAACCAGGAGCUGAAAGUGGCCCUGAAGAAGCUGAUUCAGUCAUUUUUCUGUCGGCAACAAUAA